AUGCUGAAUGCACUCAUCUCCAGCGACAACUGGAGGAUAAACGACGGCUGCGACGACGAUUGCGAGAAGUUCGCCGAGAAACUGAGGUACUGCCUAAAGUCGGCUGAGGUGAACUCUGACUAUGGAGGACCUAUCCUCAGAGAGCAAGAUGCCCUGCCGAAGACCGAGAUAACACUGAAUGGCGAAGAGAUGGAAGAAUUUGAUAAAGACAUCUACCGAGACCAAGAGACCGCCAAAUGCCAUUGCGUUGCUGACGAGGAAAAGUACUCGGCAGAGAGUCUUAUGACCACUUAUUAUUUGCUUAUUGCAUGUCACGUGUUCUGCGUGCACGGCAUUGUUCGUUGUUUCGUCACCGUCGUCACCUUUUGGAAAUUUCGCAGCCCAAGCGAGCGACUACAGUCCGUCAUGCACGGUGGCCUUAAUUAA